UCACCAAGUGUAUAUAUAAAUCACUGGGCCAGACUCUCGCUCCCACUCUUGCCUUUUUGUCCGUGUUCUCAAGUUCAGAAAUCCCCUGGGAAUCCUGCUAAUCUACAUCGAGGCAACAUUUGCUUUUAUUUUACUGAAGUUUGUUUAUUAGGCUAAACUUUAGUCUAGAUACGCGGACGGUGAUAUCGUUUUAUCCUGAGUUUAUAACGCUUGUUGGACGACUUUAGUCUCGGCGGUGGUUGUGUUGUUUUUCCCCCUCUUGUCCACUUCGCUGGUUCUUUAUUUGAGAAGAGAACACAUCCAACUAUAAACCAAAAUGGACACGGGAGUAUCUCCAGCUCGCGCAACUCUGCGGGUCGGCGCAUAACGGAUAAAUAAACAGGAUCUAUUUUAAUGGACGACAAAAUCUUAUUUUUUCAUUUUGAUAAUCCUAACCACUUAAACUUGUAGGCUAAUAUAAAUGUAUUAAAGCGGAGUGGAGUAUCUCGUAUCAUGUCAAGGAUUUGGAUAUCGAAAUAGCCUAAUUUCUCACUUUUUUCCUCGGAGUGGAAUGAGACAAUCUGGGGGUUUAUAUCAGUCGGAUAACCCUGCUACUACUGAAAUGGUAUAAUCGAACCGUAGCCUAUUGAAUGGGAGUGUAGACUGGACUCUUCUCGUAUUAUGAAAAGGUUCUGCUGAAGUUUGGUGGGUUGGUUGGUUAAACACGGACCAUGUCGGGAGUUGUGCGGAGCCUGAGCCGCUGCCUGCUGCCGGCCGAGGCCACCCGAGAGGCGGGCGGCAGCAAGGACAGGAUCCGGGAAAGGGACGCGGUCCAGGAGCGAGAGGCUCGGCGGAGGAGCCGGGAGAUUGAUGCCAUGCUUGCACGAGAGAGGCGUGCUGUAAGGCGGCUCGUGAAGAUCCUUCUCCUCGGUGCUGGAGAGAGCGGCAAAUCGACCUUCCUCAAACAGAUGAGGAUUAUUAAUGGGAAAGAGUUCGACAAGAAAGCUCUACUCGACUUCCGGGACACAAUCUUUGAGAAUAUCAUAAAGGGGAUGCGUGUAUUGGUAGAUGCACGGGACAAGCUGGGGAUUCCGUGGCAGAACUCUGAAAACGAGAAGCACGGCAUGUUUGUGAUGUCAUUUGAGGGGCGUGGUGGAGUGGCGGUAGAACCAAUGGAAUUCCAGCUUUAUGGUCUGGCGCUGGACGCUCUGUGGAGGGAUUCUGGAAUACAGGACGCCUACGCACGACGCAGUGAGUUUCAACUGAGUGAGUCGGUGAAAUACUUCCUGGAUAACCUGGACCGGAUUGGCCAGCCGAACUAUAUCCCUAGUCGGCAGGACAUUCUGUUUGCACGGAAGGCGACUAAAGGAAUCGUAGAACACGACUUUAUCAUAAAGAAGAUUCCGUUUAAGAUGGUUGAUGUGGGGGGUCAGAGGUCACAGAGACAGAAAUGGUUUCAGUGCUUCGACGGAAUCACAUCUAUACUGUUCAUGGUGUCAUCAUCCGAGUACGACCAGGUUCUGAUGGAGGACCGGAGGACCAAUCGGCUGGUAGAGAGCAUGAACAUCUUUGAGACGAUCGUGAACAACAAGCUCUUCCUCAACGUGUCCAUCAUCCUCUUCCUCAACAAGACUGACCUGCUGGUGGAGAAGCUAGGCCAGUCUGACAUCGCUAAACACUUCCCAGAAUACAGGGGAGACCCUCGCAGGCUGGAGGAUGUACAGGCAUUCCUGGUGCAAUCGUUCAGUCGUAAGCGGCGUAACCGUGGGAAACCUCUGUUUCAUCACUUUACCACGGCGAUCGACACGGAGAACAUCCGCUUUGUGUUCCACGCUGUUAAAGACACCAUACUGCAAGAGAACCUCAAAGACAUCAUGCUGCAGUGAUACAUUACACACACACACAUUAUACACACACACACACAUUAUAUACACACACACACAUUAUAUACACACACACACAUUAUACACACACACACACACAUUAUAUA